AUGAGUGUGCAAAAACAUGAGAAAGUUCAACUAACAGUAUACGAAGCAGAUGUAGUUAAAUUAAUUUUGGAAUUUUUGGAAAAACGUGAUCUAGCCAUCUCUAUGUUAGCCCUAGAACGAGAAACUGGACAAGUAAAUGGACCAUUCAAUGAAGAUAUACUAUUCUUUCGUCAAUUAAUUUUGGAAGGUCAUUGGGACGAUGCACUUGACUAUUUGGAACCAUUACGAGGUCCACCUGUUGCGUUAGAUCUUAGGAAGCCCCGAUUUUUAUUAUUAAAACAUAAGUAUCUAGAAUUAUUGUGUCUACGUGAUGUAACUAACUUGGAUGGGAAUAAUUCAGCUAAUGGGACUACCGGUGUUAAUGUUAACGAAAAUAAUAUAGAUCAUGGUGUUGAACAGGUUAUUGAUUGUUUGAAACAGUUAGAACCUGAAUGUGAAACUCAGGCAGAAUAUCGUGAUUUAACUCUUUUGUUAACUUUAACACGAUUAGACCAACAUCCGGAUUAUCGCUAUUGGAAUCCAAGUUUAGGCCGUUUACAAUGCUUUAAUCAGAUCUAUCCGCUCUUGCAACCAUUUAUUCAACUUAGUAAACAUUCAUCUAGUGGCCAGGCAUCAACUGAUGAAAAUGCUCGUGGUGACCGACUUUUACGAUUACUUGUUAAAGGUUUACUAUACGAAGCCUGUGUAGAUUACUGUGCUCUUAUGGCAACAGAACGGAAAGCUCAAAUGCAGAUAACUGGAAUGCUUGGAGGUGAUUUAGACGAAGAAGAAGAAACUGAACGUCUUUACAAUCAGAAUAUUUCUUUACAUACUACACAAAACAAUGAAAUAAAUCAACGAGCACAUAGUCAUUGUCGUCAACCCGUUGCACCGGAUUUAUCAUUAAAUUCAUGGCUUCAAUCAUUGAAACCAGUGAAUUUUAGUCAACCAUUCCAAUCAUAUGAAUUAGAUUUGAAAGUACAACCAAUUAAUCGACCAACACUUGAAUCUAGUUUAUGGCCAGAACAUAUAUUAACUCAACCUACUGUGAAACCACUCGUAUUUCCUUAUACUCACAUACCAGAAUCAAAUACCAUAAUGGGAUCGAGUAUUCAGCGUUCAGUAUUAUCAAUACAUAAUCCAGCUUUAAAAAGAGGCCAUCUUCAAGGACCUAGUGGUGAAUUAAUGCGAAGUCUUAUUCCUGCUUAUGAAGGACUUUCCAGUGGUCUCUUACGCAUGAAUCCACCGUCAUUACAAAAUGAUGAACUUAACGGUGAAUAUGACAUCAAUCAUCAUAAUGGUAUCAAUACAGGUUUGCGUCCAGUUAUUCGGAGUUCUGGUUUACCAAAUUUAUCUCGACGUGGUCCUCGGUUAAUGACUCAUUCUUUGUCUGGAUUUCGUCUUCCACCUAAUCCGAAUUUACAAUUUUUAAAUCAAAAAUCUAAUUCCAACCAAACAGUUGCAUCUACAAAUUCACAAGAUAAUAAUACUAUGUCAGAAGAUAAAGUACAAAAUAUUUCAGCUGAUCAAAACACUAAUGAAAAUGCCAAUUUAGAAUCGGCCAAUAUUUCCGCCAGUAUGCAAGCUUCAGUGGACCGGUUAUUUUCACUACAUGGUCAAAUAUCAUCUACUUCAACAGAUAUGAAUAGUUCUAUGGCAGAUCAUCAUGAACAUAACAUAUCCACAACGGUACGAAAUUCAAUGUUAUUAUCUCGUUCUACUGCUCUAACAGGAGGUCAAAUGCAAUCAAUUACAGAAGAAUCACCUCAUUCAUCAUUUGAUCCUGUUACUAAUGAUCGUUUGGCAGUGAAACAAUCUGUCAGUGUUGAUGAUACUACCAGUCAUCGGAAGUCUCCAUCAUCUUCAUCACCAUGUAAUAGAACAAUGUCUGGUAGUUUAUCACCUAAAGAGAUGGUUGCAUCAAUGCAAAGUUCAAUUAUUAUCGAUAUAGAAAGUGAUAAAGAUGGUCAUAAACUCGGUUCACAUGCUGGUGAUUUAUUGCAUGAAUUUCAAAAACGUCGUAUUGAUAGAGAAAAUGCUCAAGUGCUCGAUACUACUACCGGUGCUAAUAGCGAAGAUCAGUCAUGUCCAGUUACACCUAUCAUUAGUCAAGCUACAAAAAAUCCUACUCAGCUGUCUGAAACUAUUGAACCUAAUAUAAAUGAGAAACCAUCUAUAGUUAAUUCUUCCUCACAACCACAGGCACAACGUACUGACAUGGAUAGACCAUGUAAACUUAAUGGUGAAGUGUCAGACACCUCUGAUAACAGUCCUCAAACUCCACGUUACAUACCUGUAACAAUUUUAGAAGAUAGUCAACCAAUACGUUGUAUUGCAUUUCAUCCAUCUGGACGAUUAUAUGCUGUCGGUUCGAAUAGUAAAUUUUUACGUGUAUGCCAAUAUCCUAGUUUACAGCACCUUAGUGCUAAUCAUGUAGCUACUUCUCCGGUAGUUCUAAUGAGGCGUCAAAAAUACCACAAGGGUAGUAUAUAUUGUGUUGCUUGGAGUCCAGAUGGUCGUAUUAUCGCAACAGGAAGUAACGACACUACAAUUCGCCUACUUCAAAUGGAUCCAACAACUGGCAUACCAGAUGCUGCUUGUGGUGAUCCAGAAAUUGCAAGUACCGCUGGACAAGCCAUUGAACUAAGAUAUCAUGAUGGUACAGUACGAGAUAUUGCAUUUCUAUUAGGAAGUUAUCCAUGUUCGGAUACAAUUACAAGUACACCAAGUAGUCAUUUACUAAGUGCUGGUGCAGGCGAUUCUCGUAUUUAUCUUGUUGAUUGUAAUCGAGCCCAAACAUUUGAUCUAUCUACACCGAAGUCCACUCCACCUAAUUAUGUUGUACGUUCAAUGUCUGGGCACACAGCUGCAGUUUAUUCAUUAUCUGUAUGGAGUCCUGGUUCAUUGUUCGUUUCUGGUAGUGCAGAUGCUACUGCACGUUUAUGGGAUUUACGAGCUCCAGCUCCUGUGUUAAUUGUUCCAUCUUAUUCAGGUUCACAAGGCAGUGCAUUUGCUUCAGUUACUGUUGAGCCGAAUUGUAAUUUACUCGCUAGCGGACAUGAGGAUUCAACAAUAUCAUUAUUUGAUUUACGUGGUGCUCGUUAUAUCAAUGCAUACAGACCACAUUCAAAUGAAGUGCGUAGUGUACGAUUCUCACCAACUGCUUAUUACCUACUAUCAGCUAGUUAUGACAAACGUGUUAUAUUAACCGACUUUCAUGGUGAUUUAUCUCAACCAUUGCCUUGUGUUCAAUUAGCUGAGCAUACGGAUAAAAUUAUACAAGCACGUUGGCAUCCUAAUCAAUUAUCAUUCAUUACCUCAAGUGCAGAUAAAAGUGUUAUUUCAUGGGCAUUACCCACUGUGUGA